CUUCACCUGCAAAAGCUGCAACACCAGCAGCAGCAGCAGCAACAGCAGCAGCUUCGUCCCCUCCUGGUUCUGUUUGCGUUGUCUUGCUUGUGCUGGGUGCCCUGCAGCUGCCAGCAGCAGCAGCAGCAGCGGCAGCAGCGAACUAUGUGAGGAGGCCCUGAGUGUCCCUGCUGCAGCAGCAGCAGCAGCAGGAGCAGCGCCGCGCAGCUGCUGCUGCUUCCCUCCAGCUGUGACUUUGGCUGCGCUGCUGUCUGUUGACUCAGAAGCCUUUACUGCAUGCGCAUGCAGUGCUGCAGUUUGUGGGUCUUACCCAUGGAGCCGGCUGGGGGGCUGUGGGGCCCCAGCAGCAGCAACAGCAGCAGCAGCAGCAGCAGCAGCAGAGCCCGGCAGCAGCUGCUGCGCGCUGCCGCUGCGCAGCAGCGAAGGACUGCAGGCCGGGGAGCUGCUGCUGCUGCGGUGGCUUUCGCUGAGGGCCCUCAGUGUCUCCUUCUUUGAAUAUCGUCUCCUGAGUGCAGCAGCAGCAAGCUGGCGGGCCCAGUGCCGCGCAGCAGUUGGCGCCCAGCAGCAGCAGCAGCAGCAGCAGCAGCAGCAGCGGUGCGGCGGAGCAGCAGCGACCCCCAGGAGAAGCAGAAGCAGCAGCACGACUGCCUAUUCUGCUGCUGCGCGUCGCUGGGGCUCUGCGGCGCUGAAGAGCGUGGCGGCAGCAGCAGCAGCAGCCCACGCCUGCGUCCACAGCAGCAGCAGCAGCAGCAGCAGCAAACCGCUGGGCUGCUGCUGCUGCCUCUGCAGCGCCAACUUGGCCCUCGAUUUGCUGCCGCCCCCCGCUGAGGCCCUCGUGGGCUUCGGGCCUUCGGAAGGUUAUGCUUUCUUUUACUUGGGGGCUUACGAGCGGAGCAGCAGCAGCAGCAGCAGCAGCAGCAGCAGCGGCGGCGGUUGCGGCGGCGGCAGCAGGAGAGAGCCCUGGGCGUACAGCAGCAGCAGCAAACGCGGGAACUGCGGAUACGGGUCGCGCGGCGGCUCUGCUGCUGCUGCUGCUGCUGCAGCAGCAAACCCCACAGCAGCAGGCGCUCUGGUGUCUGUACAGCUGAGGCAAGCGCUGCUGCCGCUGCAGCUGCACCAGCCCCACUGCAUCUUGGGCUUCAGCUCGCGCCGCGCUGCUGCUGCUGCUUCAGCUGCUGAAAUUGAU